AUGGUUACCAUGCAGUACGGCGGGGGCGUCUACAAGAUCUCGGAAUGGGCUGACAUCAUCAAUGCGCAUGGCGUGCCGGGGCCAGGCAUCAUCCAGGGACUCAAGCAGAAGGGGGGUUCCCUGCUCUUGCUAGCCGAGAUGAGCUCGGCAGGCACACUAGCCCACUCCACCUACACGGCCUCGACGCUGCGAAUGGCGCUCACCGACCCGGACUAUGUCAUCGGCUUCAUCUCCAUCCACCCGGGGGGGUGGUGCAGUGGUAGCACUGCUGCUGCUGGUGGUGGGGCGUGUGAGGAGCUGGCAGCGGCAGUGAGGGAGGCGGAGGCGGCAGGGGUGUGGGAUACCCUGGUGCACAUGACGCCUGGCGUGCAGCUGGCUGCUGGAGGGGACGCGCUGGGGCAGCAAUACAACACUCCAGAUGCGGUGAUCAAGCAGCGGGGGUCUGACAUCAUCAUAGUGGGCCGGGGAAUCAUCAAGUCGGGAACACCCCCUCUGCGCCCUUCCUCCUCAUGUGCUGUGCCCCCUGACCCCCUCUUACCUCUCUCAACCGCUCUCCACCCCCAGGUGAUCAAGCAGCGGGGGUCUGACAUCAUCAUCGUGGGCCGGGGAAUCAUCAAGGCGGCCGACCCUCUGGAAGCUGCCAGGAAGUAUCGUGAGGCUGGGUGGGCGGCGUACGAGGAAAGCCUUGCUGCUGCGGCUGGUGAAGGUGCUGCAGUUUAG